AUAUACAUCCUCCAAACUAGAAUACCCACGCCCACCACAAAUGGAAAUUACUCACAUCUUACCUGCAAUCUUCGCCCUUCUCCUCCUUCUCUAUGCUCUCUUUCGUAUAGCUUCUCCGAGAUCCGCCGCUCACCUCACCAACAAGACACUUCCACCUGAAGCCGCCGGUCGUUUGCCACUGAUCGGCCACCUCCAUAAACUAAGUGCAACAGAGCCAACUCACAUAACAUUAGCCAAAAUGGCCGACGCCUACGGACCUAUUUUUACCUUAAGAUUGGGCAUGAACACAGCCCUUGUCGUGAGCAGUUGGGAAAUAGCGCGAGAGUGUUUCACCACAAACGACAGAAUUUUCGCUUCCCGCUCAAAAGUUGUUGCCUCAGAGCUGCUCGGCUACAACUACGCAGCCUUGGGAAUUAGCCCCUACGGUCCAUACUGGCGCAAAGUGCGCAAACUAGCCACGCUUGAACUGUUGACGAACCAUCGCCUCGAGCAGCUCCAACACAUUAGAAUAUGUGAGGUUCAAAAUUCGAUCAAGAAAUUGUAUGAGUUAUGUGCCGACAGCAGAAAUAAAGGGUCCGGUGGGAAAGUGAGGGUUGAGAUGAGGACGUGGUUUGGGGAUGUAAGUUUGAAUACAAUAUUUAGGAUGGUGGUCGGAAACCGAUUCAGCGCUGUUUUCGAAGGCAGUGGUGCGGAGCAGUACAGAGAGGCGUUGAGGGCUUUUUUUGAACUGUUUGGGGCAUUUGUUCCUUCAGAUUCGUUUUCGUGCCUAAGUUGGUUGGAUUUGGGAGGGCAUAAGAAGGCCAUGAAUAAGACGGCUAAGGUGCUUGAUGAGAUGCUUAGUAAAUGGAUCAAAGAGCAUCGAGAGAAGAAGAAGAAUUGGGGUGAAGGUGGAGUGGAAACAGAGGAGCAAGACUUCAUGGAUGCCAUGCUUUCUGCUGUCGACGACGACGGAGGGUUAUGUGGUUUUGAUGCUGAUACAAUCACCAAAGCUACUUGUUUGUCGAUGAUGUUGGGUGGAUACACUACUAUGAUUGCUACGACAUGGGCUCUUUCCCUACUCCUCAACAAUCAAGAAACACUUAAGAAGGCCCAACUUGAAUUAGAUGAAAAAGUUGGAACAUCAAGACAAGUAAAAGAGGCCGACUUAAAAAAUCUGAUAUAUUUCCAAGCCAUUGUGAAGGAGACAUUGCGUUUAUAUCCUGCCGCGCCGCUUUUAAUCCCUCAUGAAUCUAUAGAAGAUUGUAUGGUUUCAGGCUAUCAUAUUCCUGCAAGGACACGCCUUUUAGUGAAUGUUCAAAAACUGCAAAAAGACCCACUUGUUUGGGAGGAUCCGUGUGAAUUUCGUCCAGAAAGAUUCUUAACCAACGACACAAAGUUUGAUAUGCAAGGACAAAAUAUGCAACUAAUGCCAUUUGGAAAGGGUAGGCGGAUGUGUCCUGGAAUGUCAUUUGCCCUUCAACUUGUGCAUCUUACUCUUGCAAGUCUACUUCAUGAAUUUGAAAUUGAUAGACUAUCUGAAGAAUUAUUGGACAUGGAAGAGGGUUUUGGAUUUAUUAUUUUUAGAAAAACUCCGCUUGAAAUUGUUUUAAGUCCUGUCUGUCGAAUAAAGUUCAUGAUUAAUUUUAAAAUUAAGUCGGGAACAAUAAAUAAAAAUAUUGUAUAGUGU